UUCUUUAGCAUAGACAGAUUUGCUGGGAAAUAUAUGAGGGAGAGGUAUAGAAAUUUUCCCUCUCUCCUUUUAUGAUAGUGACGUAGGAAGGAAAUGAAGCUGCUUGAAUUUCUAAAGCUGAGUAUUAUAAAAAGGAUAAACUGGGAUGAGGAACUCUCCUUUCUAGGUCUGAACCAGUCACUCACAGACACUGUAAUGUGAGACAACCAAUUUUUUUUUUUUUUUUUUUUUGCUUUGGGGCUGUAUUUCCUCCAUUGUAAGCAGAUGAGUUUAUUAGACGAUGUUUAAGUUUUUUCAGUGCUCACAUUUGGGGCCAAUGGCACUGAUAAAAUUUUCUAAAUAAAGAAUCCUGAAAUCACUGUUUUUGCCUUUUCCUCUCCUUGCUAGGAAUUAUGGCUCAUGUCAACCACACCUGGAUCCAGACUUUCAUCCUUGCAGGUUUUAAUACCUCUGAGGCCCUACGACCUCUUGCAUUCUUGGGGAUCCUGUGUGUUUACCUCCUCACCCUUGCAGGAAACUUGUUCAUCAUUGUCCUGAUUAAGACAGAUGCCGGACUCUCCACACCCAUGUACUUCUUUAUCAGUGUCCUGUCCUUCCUGGAGCUCUGGUGCGUCAGCACCACGGUGCCCACCCUGCUGCACACCUUACUCCAUGGGAGUGUACCCAUCUCUUCAGCCAUAUGCUUCACACAGCUGUAUGUUUUCCACUCUUUGGGCAUGACUGAAUGCUACCUGCUGUGUGUGAUGGCGUUGGAUCGCUACCUUGCCAUCUGUCGCCCACUCCACUACCAUGCCCUCAUGAGCACACAGGUACAGCAAUGGUUAGCAGGGGCUACUUGGGUGGCUGGCUUCUCAGGUGCAGUUGUGCCAGCCACUCUCACUGCCAUUCUGCCCUAUUGCUUGAAGGAAGUAGCUCAUUAUUUCUGUGACCUGGCACCCCUAAUGCAGUUGGCCUGUGAGGACCCAGGCUGGCUCGCUCAAGUCCAUGGGGCAGUGAUUGGGGUGGCUACUGGAUGUAACUUUGUGCUUAUUCUGGGACUCUAUGGAGGCAUCCUGAGAACAGUGCUAAAACUGCCCUCCGCUACCAGUCGUGCUAAGGCCUUUUCCACCUGCUCUUCCCACAUGACUGUAGUGGCACUCUUCUAUGGUUCUGCCUUCACUGUAUAUGUGAGUUCACCAGGGAGCCGACCUGAGGGCACUGACAAGCUUAUUGCUUUAGUGUAUGCCCUCCUUACUCCAUUUCUCAAUCCUAUCAUCUAUACUCUACGCAACAAGGAAGUGAAGGAGGCUGUGAGGAGGGCCACUGACAGAAUUAGGACACUUUGGGUGGGACUCUUAGAAUCUCUUUUGGUGUAA